AUGUGCUCCAAUUGCAACAGAUUAGGGCUUAAUUGCCGGUGGCAGCCCCCCGCCCCUGGAGAGAGGUUCUCUCCUCCACCAAAGAGGAGACAGAUGGUCGGACGGCGGCUUUCACGUCGUGCAAAUGAGGAUAAUUCCUACUCACCACCUUUGCCUACCCAAUCACAGAAGGAUGCUACUAUCCACACUCUGGAGAAGAAUGAUAGUCUGGCUGUCUUCAAAGAGCAAACAAGGCCGGCCGAAACUCCUCGCUUAGACGGGAGUAAUGAUUUCUCGAGCCAGCCGCAGAGUGACCCGUUUGAGCUACUCGCGCGUACUCCUUUCUACUUUGAUGCCACCUUGGAUUACAAAUCUCUGGAAUUAGAUCUCUCGGGUGAAGGUUUGGAUCUCAUUCCAUUGCCAGCUGUGGCUCCUUCUGUGCUGCAUAGGCCCAACGAUGCGCAAGCAUAUAUCAUGACCGAUGGGUUUUCUCUAGACGAAGUUAGCAACGACAUGUGGCCAUCUGGAACUUUAUCAGCAGACGGAGAAGAACCAAUGCUCCAAGCUGCAAAGGUCAGGGGUCCCUCGGUGAACGAAGAUAAUCGGCACUUGAUCCAGCAUUAUUUGGAGGUAAUGAAGGGGUAUGCCAAAGUGGACGAUCGUUCUAAGGACACAAAUAAUCUUUUUAUUUCGGCCUUCUCAAAGUCUUUGUCCUUUCCGCCAUUAUUUUAUGCUAUUUUGUCAUUUUCAGCGUCUCACCUCUCUAUGAAAUCCCCUUCUUACUGCGACCAAGCAAAGGUCUACGAACGCCUAGCACAUGAAUCCUUUAACCAAUUCAGACAUGAUGAGACCAGCACUAUGGACGGUUUGCUCUCGGCCCUUUUUGUCAGAGUCAAACAAGUACAUGUGACAGCUGGUAGUAUCGACACCUUUUUCCAGCUAAUUGCUGCUGCAAUUGAUAUUGUUCGCACUGAAGAAGUGGAGAAGGCCCUUGCAGAUUCAUCCAGUCUCAUCAGGCGUAUUGUCAUACGCCUUGCUAUUUUGGAUGCGCGAGCAUCUCACUAUGGACUUGGUGGCGGGCAACUCGUCCAACAUCUCCGGAAUACCCCCACAGUAUCAUCCAUUUUUGAAGGGGAGAUGAGGCAAACUUCCAUGAUUGGCGAUGUGAAUAGCCUCCUUCGGGCCGAUUCUUUCCGCAUGGAUGUUGCAAAGCUUGAUAUGAGGAUACAAGAACAGCUCAGAAAUGAAUUCGCAACUCUUACACCUGUACGAACAGAAGAGAUCAAAUCAUUAUAUAGGUCUAUCCAGCACCAAGUUGAUCUUUGGGAAGCUGAACCCUUAGAUGAUACUGAAGAAGAUGACAUGGAAGACAUAGUUGAAGAGGAGCGGCUAAGUUCUGCCGCAUAUGGCCGAUUCACCGUCUUAUCGGCUCUACACUCAGCUCUCCUAUAUCUCUAUACAGUAUAUCCGCUACCUUCAUUUGAUCCGGAAUCCUCCGUUUCUAGGAUACUUCACUACCACCUUAAGAUUCGGUACGACCCGUCGAGAAGCUGCUCCCCUUCAUCCAUAUUACCCUCCUCAUUGUUUCUUGCGGGGAUCUGCACGGGAGACCCGAUUCGGCGAGACUGGGUUGUUGAACGUUUCCGAGAGGGAGAGGUUUGGGGCAUUUAUAUUCGAAAGGCAAGAGAACUACUCGAAGCAAUUGUGAAAAUGCGCAAGAAAUGUGGCAAUCUUGACGUGCGCAGCGUCAUGGAUCAGCAAUGCAUGGAAAGAACUUUAUCUGUUCUCAUAGAUGAAAGUCAAGGAGGUUCAUACUCGACUGAUGUUUAG